GUUUGCAGCUUCUUGCAGCUAUACCAAUUAAUAGCUAUCGCUCCAGUAUAGAGCUAACUACUAAAUAGAAUAGCAACCUUCUACGAACAGAUUUUGCUAUUCCUGAUUCUGGAGAGACUGCAAUGACCUUCAAUGUACUGGUUACAGCAAUAUUCAUGUGACAGUCCCAUGACUGUGUGAGUGGGAGGGGCUGGACAAAAAGGGUCAGGAAGUGUGCUCACGAUCGAUCAGUUGUGAAGUUGUCAUGUUUAGAGCUUUGUAAACACCUCUUUAUCGACAUUUGUCCGUCUCACAGGUACGUGAAGAUACAUGGUAUUGGUCAAGUCACUUAAAAAGAAUGGUAAACUUGACCCGGUUUAGAAGAAGGAACCAACAGCAAGCACCUAGAAUUGUUGACAAACCUGAAAGAGAGCGUCACUACUUGUCGAUAAUAGGCAGUGUGUUGUCGUGUAUACUGUUGAUUGUGUGCCUGUGUCUCAAGGAAUGGGCCAAUGCGGUUGUUGAUAAAUCUACUAACUCUGUUGGACAAGUCGGACAAUGUGUCUUUAGCUUUGGUCUCACACAAGUGUCGUGCAUCUAUGGAACCGCACAAACCUCUGCGUCUAUGACCGAGUACUACACCACAUCACAGCAGAUUCUGAUCUCAUGUAUACUCAGUGUAUCUGUGCUCAUUCUGGUCUCCUCCAUUGUGGCCACUGUCAUCAGUCUCGGCUACCCCAGGGAAAAGGUGGAGUUUCUCAGACACUUCGCUGUCUUUAAUAUCGUGUCACUACUGUGUACUGUCUUGGUGGCUGGUCUGUGGCUAGCAGUUGUUGAAACACUCCCUACAAACAAGCUCUGUAAAGCACAACCAAAUGUGGAGGUUCAUUUCGGGUACUCUUACUACAUUCUCCUAGUGUCUGGUCUCUUUUCUCUUGGUGGUGCUGCUUUCAACUUGCUGUUUGCACGAUCAGCUGCAGAGAGAAGAAGAAAUCUGAGAAAUAGAUACAGGCAAGAACAAAUUUCAGCUCGACAACUGACAAAUCGAUCAGCUAUGAACACCCUGUCGAGAUCGUCUCGAAGGAGUGGGCCCCCUCCAUUAUACAACCUCCUCGAGAACUCAGCCACUGAUGUCAGUGACACAGAUGGUGAAGCAGAGACCUCAAUGAGUGAGCCCGAAUACACUGAGACUGAACCAGAGUCACCUCCACCAGCUUAUAUACCAUAGUGUUUGUUUGUGUAUGUGAAUACAUGUGUUUUGCACCAAUGUGAGGACAACGUUUGCUUGCCCUCGUUUGUUGGUUUUUACUGCAUUCAUCUCUUCAUCAGUGUUCUGUUUGUGUGUUUUAUCUUGACUCUCUGUUUUAAUUAAAAACGUUUUACCAUGA